UUUAUAGCGGUCAAUGUCACUUGUGGAAAGAACGAAAUGUCGAUCAGCGUACCUAAGUAUCUUCUUCACGGAUUGGACAGAGAGCAUCUUCGCCUCAGUGAUGUGAAUUGUGGAGCUAUAGAAACCAGCAGCCAUUUCAUUCUUCGCACAAAGCUCACUGGGUGCCACACAACCAUCAGACACACCAAGGGUUUCGUAUGUUACAUGAACAAGGUGGAGGAGAUUCCCAUCGCAAAACAUCAGAUCAUCACACGAGUUCGGGAGGUUGAAAUCCCCUUCAGUUGUUACUACUCCAACAUGGGAGUCGUGUCCGCCGUUGGCCUUCAAGUCAAAAGCAAGAAAAUCGUCUUUUCGAAGAAAGGAUUUGGAAAAUUCAUGUUGGAGAUGAAAAUUUACCCAACUCCUAAAUACAGUCUUGGGUACAAGAAAAAAGAUUUCCCUGUAAUGGUAGCUCUAAGGAAAGUAUUGUAUGUGCAUGUAGGUGUUGACUCAGAAGACAGGAGACUUUCCGUCUUGGCAGUAAAUUGCUGGGCCACGCCAAACUCUGAUCCUUAUAGCAAGGGAUAUAGAUACGAAUUCAUCAAAGAAGGGUAAGUAUAUAAAUAUUUUUCUUAAUAUCGUUUUUUAACGUCCCCUUCCUUUUACAUUGUAAUUGUAAUCUAUUUAGUCUGCUGAAUCCACGAACUAAUACAACUUUGGUGCAAGACCGAUGUAAAGUAUCUGAGUGCCAAAGUAUUAGAGUGAAUCAAGGCUUUGAAAUAGUAAAAAAAAAGUGCCCAAUGAAUACUAAAUUCAUCAUGCUGUUCUUAAUCGAUGCAAAAUUGACACUGAUGUCGUUCUGCAUAGUCAUAUGACACCAGCAUAUACUGUUAUAGCAUAUAAGAGAACACAACGACAAACAACAUGAUGUGCGUUCAUUUUGUCCUUCUUUGUCUGUCUCUUUUAGAUGUGCAGUAGAUAACACGGUCAAAUUCAUACACACAGCAGACAAACGUACUCAGCGCUUCAGUAUUGAGGCCUUUAGUUUUGUGGGUGACCAUCAAUUCGUGUACAUGCACUGCAAGGUCAUGGUGUGUAAUGCAGCCGAUCCUCACUCACGCUGUGCACAGGGCUGCGUUCGACGAGGAAAGAGGUCCCUGAUAACUCAAGAAUCCAAUGAUGAGGAGAUAAACAUGUCUCAGGGACCAUUCAUGCGCGGAGAUGAUGAAGAAGAAACUAAACUGGAGAAAACGGAACAAGAUAUGCGUGAUGCAAGGAAAAGUAGUAAGUUUUUAUUCAUCUUUGUUUCCACCGGUCGGGAUAACUCUUUCGGCGACAAGAAAACCACAUGGGAUAGUUUAUCUGUUUACACAUGAUUCUUUGUGAACAGGUAUUCUGACCAAAGCGGAAGUAAAUAAGUACAUGUAAGAGCGAGGACUAGAACCGACAGAGACGAAAGUAAAAGGUAGCAGAAGUGAGGAUUGGGGUUUAGUGAACUGAACCCGCUCCGGUUCCGGUUCCGGUUCGCUCCGGUACGAUGUUCAAUGUGUGUAAACGACUUGUUCCAGUUCUUUGCCGUUGCCGUCCAUGCUGUACCGGAUAUGGCUUUUCAUGUGGGCACGAAAAGCUUUUGGUUGCCCGUGCAAAAUUUAUGGUUUGUUUCGCGAUGGGCAUUGAUAUUAAUCAUGAAGCUUUGAAUGUUUGCUACUGGUCCUUAUCAGGCGAAGGUGUAAUAGCACGGACUAAGAUUUCAUCCAUUUGCAAAAAAACUUAACCUUUACAACGAACUAAACACAAGUUAUCCAAAAUCUAAUCACGCUUAUCAGCAUUUCCGUAUCCAGGACAUCACGUAAUUGAAUGAACUAUGAUAAAUAUGACUUGGGUAAAAUCAUUUACAUUGUUUAAUCUUGUAUUUUGCAGGUAUGUUUCCCACUUUGGUCGCUGCCAUGGCUGUGGUUGCUGCCGUGUGCGUCAUGGGUGUGUCUUACUUCGCGUGGAACAGUAGGAAGCAAAGGGCUGUGCGUGAUUAUCAACGACUCACUGUUGCCGCUGAAGACUAA